AUGGGCGUCGUCGAGUGGACGCGGGGACCGACAAUCGGCAGGGGCUCCUCCGCCACCGUAUCGCUCGCCGUCGAUCGCCUGACGGGCGAAUUGCUCGCGGUGAAGUCCGUGGGUGCCGACCGGGCCGCCGAGCUCCGGCGGGAACAGAGCAUCCUCCACGGCCUGAGCUCUCCGUACGUCGUGCGCUGCCUUGGCUCGGAAGUAUCCUCGUCGGAGGACGGGAGCGGCGGCUACGACAUGCUGAUUGAGUACGCGCCCGGCGGGUCGCUGACUGACGAGAUCAGGCGGCGCGGCGGGCGGUGCGAAGAGUCCCUCAUCCGUUCCCGCGCGCGCGACAUUUUGCGCGGGCUGGCGCACGCGCACGCCGCAGGGGUUGCGCACUGCGACGUCAAGGGCCGGAACGUGCUCAUCGGCACCGACGGCCGCGCCAUGAUCGCCGACUUCGGGUGCGCGCGGCGCAUUGCCGACGAGCGGCUGUUGGGAGGCGGCACGCCGGUAUUCAUGGCGCCCGAGGCCGCGCGGGGCGAGGAGCAGGGCCCGGCCACGGAUAUUUGGGCUCUGGGCUGCACGGUCAUCGAGAUGGCCACCGGCGCCGCGCCGUGGCAGCGGUUCGGCAGCACCGUGGCGACGCUGCACCACGUCGCGUCCUCAGGCGAGUCGCCGGAGCUGCCCCGCUGGCUGUCUGACCAAGGCAAGGAUUUCCUGGGCAGGUGCCUGCUGCAGGACGCCGCGGAGCGGUGGACGGCGGAACAGCUGCUCGACCACGAGUUCGUGGUCGCCGCCGCCGUGUCGUCUUCCAGCUCCGUGCCGGGGAUCGCCGAGAAGGGGAUGUUCGUGUCUCCCAAGAGCGUGCUCGACCAGGCAUUGUGGGAGGACGACGACGACACGACUGCGGACACCGCUACCGCCUGCCCCAUCGACAGAGUCCGCGCCCUGGCCGCCGGCGCGCCGGACUGGACCUGGGACGCGAGCUGGAUCACCGUCCAUUCCUCCGGUACCUGCGGUGACGAUGACAACCCCGCAAUGUUGCCGGACACGGAUGCUGACAGCGAUUCUCCCGUCGGCAGCAGCUCCGCCGGGCGUGCGGCUGAGGCUGGUGCCUCGAGCAGCCAGGCCUCACAUGCCGGCGGCGAUCGUUACGAUGACACGAGCAGCUGUAAUGGGGAGCGGAGUGAUGAUGGUGAUCACGUGAUUAGCAGCGAAUGUACAUCCCUUCCAAUCACAAGCAAUGGAUUCUUUUCGGAUAUGUUAUUGUUUGUCCCGGCUGGCUGCCCAAGUUUACCUUUUCCCCUGCUGUUGUUCUUCGUGUUAUUUGUUUCUUCCCUCCGAUCCGCCCCACUAUUAGCACUUUAG